AUGCUCGUUGAAGUCGUUCACACAACAAUUUUUAUAUCGAAUGGCUUUGAUUAUCCUGAGUACGUCCCGAUGUGGUAUCCUCUGGACACAAGUGAGUUAUUUUACAUAUACAUACUCAUGAAGUUCGAAGAGACCUCCACAUUUGAGUUAGAGUUUGUUGCCAAAAAGCAAAAUUGGGUCAGGAGAGAAGACUGCAUUGUCGAUGUCAUCUUAACUAGUCGGUUCGCAAAGCAAUGAGUUGUUUCGCGCUGCUGCUCCCUGUAUUUUUAUGGGACUGUGCAAACGCCAAAAAUUUCUCCCUCGACCUUUCAAAUGGGCUAGUGAACAAAUUGCACAAGUCAAUGUACAGGAAGUCACAAGUAAUCAAAGCCAAUACAUAUUUGCUUUACAAUGGUUUUGAUGAUGAAGACUUUGUUUUCGGGAUAAAUAGGCUCUUGAGACCUUUCAAACAGUAUGUCAAAGAAGAUUCUGUUGCAUGGGAGUUUGUUGCAACCUUUUGACAAGUUUUGAGAAUUGAUUUCCCCCAAAAAACACCUUUGAUAAUAUUCGGUUUUGACGGUAUCUGUAAAAAUAUCUUCCCUAAAGCUGCUAGGAAAAUUAAUGGGAGCACGAUAAAAAAUGGUAACUCUUUACUCCUUUCGCUAACAGACUUUUCAGCCCUCCUAGUUUUUCUGGCGCAUCUCAUCGCUCAAGUCGUUGAACGCAUUAUUGCCACCGUUCUGGUUGGCUCCUACGAUGAAAUUGGACGGGGAUUUCCAUUCAUUGCAGUUGUUAUUAUCGUUUGUCAGGUAGGUACUGUUGUUUACAAUUAAAUUUCCGUUGUUAUGGAUCAAAAGGCAAGACUAAUAGAAUUUGGGAAUGUAUUCACAAUUAUAAUAUUUAUGACAUUUUCAGUGGCUUUAUGGAAUUGCCAGCUUCUGUAUCCUUCAAACCUAUGUAAUCAAAUACAUAAAAGUGGUUCAAAGUUUGGUUGAAAUAGCGUUUACCGUAGCUGUAAGUGCUAUAUUGGGCUUUUGAAGAGUUGAAAGCUUUGGCCAUUUUGGGAAAUCGUGGCUAAUUUGAUAAAAAAAAAUUUUGCAGGUUUACUUCCUUCUGCCCUACAUUUCCCAACGAGUCUACAACAAGUACAAGCCAACUGGAUCAAGAGCUCCGUCUAAAACAAGAGCCCGUCCAUACGCCUCACUUUCUCUUCGCUAUGAAACUUUUGAGAACCUUAAAGCCGCCACAAUUACUGCCAAAAUUACUGUGAUUCAGAUAAUUACGAACAUUCUAACAUUUUUACUUCAUGCCUGGGGCAAGAACAUGCAGCGGAACACCUUUGAAUGGCUAAUUACAAUGAAGGCCAUUCAUGGCAUUAUUUAUGCGUCGGUAAGGAAAAAUUGCUCCCCGACUUCUUGCACUCUCUCGUCGGCAAAGAUCGCUGACUAUCCCAGCUGCUUUUAGGGACCAAAUUUACAGAAACGAUUUCAUACAUUGCCUAUGUAUGAAUACUAGGCCCUAGCUGUCUGCAAAAUUUACAGAAAAUUUGUGGACUCUUUCCUUAUGAGAUGUAUAGAGUUCAAAUUCAGCUUGACGAACAACAAGCCCUAGGCAGUCCUCAUUACCCGACUUGGCCGUCGAAUUUCUGUAAUUUCAUAUUUAGUUGCUCUGCUACUUCAUAAUAAAUUAGACAUGUCUGAUCAACAACAACAAAAAAUCUUAAAUUUUUAGGCGAUCUCCCAACAAGUAAUCGUUUUGAUGGAGCUGUCAUACGGCGAACGGCAGAUUGUCCCGUGCAAGGUUGAGCCGUUGUCAGUGGAGAAACAACAGAACUUGUAUUUCGAACAGUAUUCCAAUCAAUGGAAUAUGCAGAUGAAAACAUGA